AUGCCUGCUCAACUCUCCGUCAAUCUCAAUGCUGUCGCCAUGCUGCGCAACCGCCGCGAUCUGCCAUGGCCCAGUGUCACCGGCCUGGGGCGCAUCGCGCUGCAAAACGGCGCCCACGGCCUGACCGUGCACCCGCGUCCCGACCAGCGACAUAUCCGCUUUUCCGACCUUCCCGAGAUCCGGGCCUUGAUUGACGACGAAUUCCCGCAGGCCGAGUUCAACAUGGAAGGCUAUCCGACCGGGGAAUUCCUCGACUUGGUGGACGCCAAUGCGCCCGAGCAGGUGACCCUGGUGCCCGAUGAUCCGUCGCAGGCGACGUCCGAUCAUGGCUGGGAUUUCGAGGGCAAGGGCAAUGUCCUGCGUUCGGUCGUUCAACGCCUGAAGAAGGGCGGCGCACGGGUCUCGCUGUUUUGUGAUCCCGAUGCCAGCCGUGCAGCCCUGGAAGCCGCCAAGGCCACCGGCGCCGACCGGGUGGAGUUCUACACCGGCCCUUAUGGCGGAACCUAUGAUGAUCCGGCCCGUGCGACCGAGGAGUUGAAGAAGCUCGAAAUCUCGGGAAGCAUCGCCGCCGAGCUGGGUCUUGGCGUCAAUGCCGGCCACGACCUCACGGUCGACAAUCUGCCGGCUCUCGCCCGCGCCAUCCCGGACCUGCUCGAAGUCUCCAUCGGCCACGGCCUGACCGCGGACGCACUGGAAUUCGGCAUGGCCGAAACCGUCCGUCGUUUUGUCAGGGCCUGCGGCUGA